CAUUCGCCGUGAUUGUAGCACAACCAUAGGAUUGCUCAUCGGACUGAAGUACAUGCGGGAAUCUAUUUAACUGACAUCAUAGCAGUAUGUAUUAUCGUACAAACUCGAAUGAUAUUUAUCACAAGUCGCCAAUUUGACCACAUUAGAUCAAUCAGCAGUAUAGAUGUAUCAAUCAGCCACAUUGCCAAACCUGUAAUUAAUCCACGAUUCAAAUUUCACUCUGACCCUUGUAAAGUUCAUUAAAGCCUCCAAUUUGAUACAUAAAAUUGCUAUUUCUAAACAUUUGAUGGACAUCUUUCAGUGGAACCCACAUGUAACAAACAGAAACGUCAAAUUGUGCCUACAGAGAAGAAGGAAAAUGAUAGAGAGAUGAGAUGGCAAAAGAACAGGAAUAUAACAGAGUACUAUCCCUCCCACGAGUCCCAAAUUUGUGGCCAGCAUUUGAAGCCACUUCCUUUCAUUCAAUUUCCCCAAACCUGGUAUACUUCUGAAAACCCAUGGCGGCCUCUUCUUCUUCCAUCACCCUCCAACCCCUUCACCAAGGUGCCCUCCUAAGAUCCAACUUCCUAGGGCAAAAGAACCUCAACACCAAGCGUCACAAGCCAUCCUACUCCUCGAUUCCCAAGGAUUCGAGGCUCAAGCAGGUAACAAGCGCCAAAUUCGACCUCUCCCAGCUCCUGGGAGGGAGGGGGCUAUGCAAUGGGGAGGAAGGCCUGGAGAAAGAACUCAAGAGGAGCGUCGAGCCGAUUGUCUCGGAUCCAGAUGAAGAAGGAAGUUCCGGGAGCGAGUUGCCGGAAGGUGUCCCAGAAGAUGGGUUUGACAAGGAAAUGAUGGGACUAACUGGUGGAUAUCCUGGUGGGGAGAAGGGGCUGCAGAAGUUCAUCGAGGAAAACCCUCCGCCUAAGAAGACUGAUUCGGGAGCUCUAGCAGGGAUUACUACAGCUGGAAAGAAGCCUAGAGCGCCCGAGUUGCCACUGCUAAUGCCUGGCAUGAUUGCUCUUGUGAAGAACACCAACAGUCCAUACUACAUGUACUGUGGCAUUGUACAGAGGAUUACAGAUGGGAAGGCUGGGGUUCUUCUAGAAGGAGGGGUCUGGGAUCGGUUGAUCACUUUCAGGCUCGAAGAACUCGAGCGCAGGGAGAAGGGUCCCCCAGGGAAAAAUCCUCGAUCGGUUGUCCUAGAAACUACAGCUCAGAAAGAUACAUGAUCUGUUUAGUCUUUUUGUUGUGUCUAAUAUAUGUAUGCAGUAUGUUCAUAUGUAUGCUUUUCCUGAUUUGUGCAGACUAGGCAGUAAUAAUGAGUUUGAUUUUUGUUAAGAUCUUGCAGUAUCAGGCACAGAUGGAAAAAUUAAUACAAGCAAGCAAACUUUUUAGUUUCUCCCCUCUGUUGUAGUAUGAAAAAAGAUCCAGUUUGGAAAUUGUGCUCUCGGCUUUGACAGAAAAUCAGUAUAUGAACUUUAGAUGUUCCAAGGACAUUCAAUUAGAAAAGACGCACCAUCGCGUUUUGAACUUCAACCAGAUGAUCAGAUGCAGCCGCCCAACUGCCAAGUAAACGUGAAAAUAGAGAUCAUUAGUGUACUCAACAAAUCUGUUCAACAGAUGCUCAAGCUAAAGUAAACCGUUUGUGGUCAUUUUUUCCCUCACGUAACGACCCAAAACUCAACACUCCUAGUUUAUAGCAGAAAAAUAAAUUUAGAGCUAUCACUGGCUUAGAAACGAUCUCGAGAGCAAUAAUGAAGUCCCAUUAUAAUUGAAAAAGGGCCUAGUGUGGAAAUCACUUUGUACCACAAGUUAAAAGCCUGAUCUUUUUUAGCUAUGAAAUUAGCUGACAACUCCAUUUUGAAACCACUAGGUAUAGUCUGUGCCAUUUAGCCAGUAAGAAGAUAUUGUCAUCCAGCAUUACUCCUAAGGCGAGUGACGAUGUAUGCAUGACAACAUUGAAGCAUGACAUAAUAAUGAGAAAAUAAGCAAAAUCACAGGCAAACAGUAAGCAUACAAGCUCUGAACCUACCAAGAUUGUCUCAAUCUCAUCACGAGAAACUGGCGUUCGUUUGGGCUGAAGAGAAGCUUGACCUCCAAGAGAUUUUGAAGCCUUAACACUGGAGAAGAAGUUUGAAAUAGCAUUUCCAGCAGCGGAAGCUCCUUCUGUCUUGGAAACAGAACCUGUGGAAGUAAAUUUGUCAGCUAAAUUCACAAAGGUGGUGAGCAGUGACAUACCAAUUCCAGCUUCUACCCUUAUAUUCACCCUUUUCCAUAGCUAGUCGAAUCACAAUUCAAAACUUGACAUAAAGCAUUUGCCUCAAAAGGACGCAUACAUCACGGUUUUGCCAAACUCGCACUAGACAUAGUUUACCUUCUCUUGCUAAAAUACCUAGAACAAUUGACAGUCCAAAGCCUUACAAACAAUGAAAUCAUAGCAUCUCCUAAUACAUUGUCUACUUCUAAUAUCCACACCUGCAUAUCGAGUAUCAAACAUCAUCCAUCCUUGAACCAUUCAAGAUAAGAAUCCUCAUCAAUUAACACAGUUUCUUAAACUUCUCGUUCAACAAGACAUCCCCAAUAUCUUUACCACAAUAGAACGCAGAUCCAGACCUAUCCUUCACACCAAGAAACGCAUCAAAACUAAAACCAGAAGCUUGCUAAAACGAUCCAGCUCCCCCAGACAAUAAAGGAAAAAAGUUCCUUAAUUUUCACAGAAGCCAAGCACAGCACUACGCAACAAUCAAUCCGAGCAAACCCCAAGCAGCGUAUUCCCCAAGCCAACAACCGAAGCUAAGCCUUCAAAAUUACGACUCCAUUCACAUUCUAAUGAAUACAUGUUCAUUACAUCUCAACUAAGGUUCUCAACCAUCGUCGAACUCGUAUCCGGAAACUGAAAUUCGAGCGUCGCUCUGAGCCGUACCGAGAAAAAGAUCCGAGAGACAUUGCCAAUAACUCAGAACGUUCAAAAAUCUUUCCGCUGAAGGAAUCGGAGAUUGGUUCUUACCUGUGGAAGGAUUGGGGCGCCGCUGGGGGAACUUGAUGCUAGGGAUUCGCUUCAACGCCUGUGCUACUCCUGCCAUUGUUUUUCUUCCUUCUUCUUUCUUUCGUUCUUUCUCCGCUGACCCUUUCCUUUUCUUUCCGCCGGAACAAAUGGAAGCUGCAAGACAAUUCCCGGUCGUGUUUCGUACCAAAAGAAGAGGAAAAUAAUAAUAAAGAAUUCCC